AGAGAACUGAUUGAGUGGCUCGUUGCGUUCUUUCUUGCCGGCUUUCCUUCGACCACAAUGGGCGAUCCGUUUGUACGGCCGGGGCUGGAGUACGCGCCGCACGUGGAGCAGGUGCUGUUGAAGCAUGAGGGUACUAUGACCCUGGAGACGACCAAGGACGACUGGAUGCGCUCGCAGCACCGGGACACGCUCGCUGCAUUGAUUGAGAAACGUGAUCAGCUGGAGUACCUGUGCAUCGCCGAAAACCUGCCGCCGGCAAAGAUGGAGCGGAUUCUGCUGGAGCGGAUGGUAGAUCCCAUUGCCAAGCGCUGA